AUGGCCAACAUGUUUGGUAUUGAAUUAAACGGGCGCAUCGAAGGCGGGGAGCAUGACAACAUUUUACAUGAGCAACAUUCAUUUAUGGAAGAAGACUUUGACAACAACACCUAUCGCGAUGUCGCUGACGGACAAAUCACUGCUCCUCCGCCAAGCUCUUCCUAUAUGGAGGCACCGAAUAUGGAGGCCAUUGACAUCGGAUCCGUCACAUCAUCUGUGAAUCCUGGUGGAGUCCGAGUCGGGCCACAGGAUUUUGAGCUACUGAAAGUCCUUGGCAAAGGCGGCUAUGGAAAGGUGUUCCAAGUGCGCAAGUUGACCGGCACGGAUAAGACCAAAAUCUUUGCGAUGAAGGUUUUGAAGAAGGCGACUAUCAUCCGCAACCAGAAAGAUACAGCCCAUACAAAGGCUGAGCGCAAUAUUUUGGAGGCCGUGAAGAGCCCGUUCAUUUGUGAUCUACAUUACGCGUUUCAAACAAACGGAAAGCUUUAUCUGAUCCUUGAAUAUCUGAGCGGCGGCGAACUCUUUAUGCACCUUGAGCGUGAAGGAAUUUUCAUGGAAGAGACAGCUGCUUUCUAUCUGUCCGAAAUCAUCGUAGCCCUCGACCAUCUUCAUCAACAAGGAAUCAUUUACCGCGAUCUCAAACCGGAAAACAUCAUGCUUGAUGGAAAUGGUCACGUCAAACUAACCGACUUUGGACUAUGCAAAGAGUCAAUCGAAGGAGAUGCCAAGACACACACCUUCUGCGGCACAAUUGAAUAUAUGGCUCCGGAGAUUCUGAUGCGUUGCGGUCACGGGAAAGCCGUUGACUGGUGGAGUCUGGGAGCACUGAUGUUUGACAUGCUUACCGGAGGACCACCAUUUACGGCCGAGAAUCGAAAGCGUACCAUCGACAAAAUUCUGAAGGGGCGCUUGACACUCCCGGCGUAUCUCAGUUCCGAAGCUAGAGAUUUGAUUAAGCGCCUAUUGAAGCGUCACGUGGAAACACGUCUUGGCGCUGGCCCCGAAGAUGCAGAGGAGAUCAAACGCCAUGAGUUUUUCCGGCACAUCGAUUGGCACCAAGUUAUGACUCGUCAGAUGGAACCGCCAUUCACGCCGGAGAUUCGCGAUGAAACGGACGUCUCGCUGUUUGAUACAAAAUUCACAAAAAUGACACCGGUGGACUCGCCAUGUGAUCAGACCUUUUCCAUUCCCAGCGGAGAGAACCCGUUCGUUGGAUUUACCUAUGUGGCGCCAAAUCUGCUCCAGGAAAUGGAGCAACCACACAGCAGCUACAGGCCGCGACGUCGACAUGUCAAUCAACCCCACAACAUUCCGCAUGCAAUGGGCAGCUUCCAGCCGUCGCUGCGUAACUUGCCGGUACUUGAGGAGAGCAUGGACACAAGCGGGACCAUUUUCGGAUCUCCUUCACAACCAAUGUCCAUUAAUAUGCCCCAUCGCACUUUCCAU